AUGUCGAUGAAUUCACAAAUAUUUGUAGUAGUGGUAACGGGAUUGACAACGGGACAAUUAAUCAUAGAAUAUAUAAGCUCGAUAUCAAUCUAUCAAGAAUCAUCGACAAUUAAAGAUGACAUACCUAACAAUUUAGAAAAUUCUGCAUUAAUGGGAAAUAUUGAAAGUGGAAGUUACAAAGAUAAUAUUGGACUUGGAUCUCGUAGCUUUGUUGAAAAUACCGAUGAUGAAAUUAAUGAUAAUGAGAAUAUGAAAUUGAUGUAA